UGAAUCAUCAUCCAUUUUGAAGCUAACUUGUUGGUAUUCGCUAUUGGAUUAGCACUGAUUUCUUGACAUAUUUGUGGAUCGAUUCCGACCUAAUUUUCAGAAAUAUGGGUGGUUGUGCUGCACCAAAUUGUUCGAAUCAGUCUAAAAAUAACUUUAGGAUGUUUCGUUUCCCUAGAAAUGAAGAAAGACGAAGAAAAUGGAUAGUUAAUUCUCGUCGAGAUCAAUGGAUCCCGGGCCCAGGAGCGUAUCUUUGUGAGGUACAUUUUGAAGAAAAUCAAUUUGAAUGCUCUAGGCAAGAUGGGCGUAAAAAACUCAAGCCCAAUGCUGUGCCAACUCUUUUCAAUGUGCCUAAUCCCCCACAACUGUUGACCCCACAGCGUCUAAAAGGCAUUGGUUUUACCAAAGCACCGUUCAGUUACAUCCAAUUUUUGUAA